GCUCCUGUUCCCGGCCGGCGGCGCUGCGGCGGAGGCAGGGAGCUCGGGGCCGGGCAGCGGCCGCCAUGUGGGGCUGCGUCCCGCCGGCCUGGGGCUGCGGGGCCGGGCGAGCCGCCCGCUUCUCCCUCCUCUUCCUCGCCGGGCGGCCUCGCAGCAAAAUUCAGAAACUCUUCAGCACUACCAGUGUGCUGUCUACUGAGAAAGACAAAUCGACCACUUCCCCAGGCAGCACCACUGAAGUGGCAUCGAAGAGUCCGGAGGGUGCAGCAGAAACACCAAAGCAGAAGUUGUUAAACAUUAUUGGUAAUAUGAAAGUAGAAGUGACCUCCAAGAAGAAAUUUCAACAGCUAAAAACACAUGCGAUCAAGAAGCAAGCCACAGACAAGCAGGAAGGCCUGGACAGUAAAAGUAGCACAUUUCAAGAAGCUGCAGAAGACACCCAGCGAAGCAAACCUUUGAAUCGGGAACUGCUGGAGGCUGUUUCUGCAGUCGCAUCUUCCUUACCACGCAGCAAGGAACAGACAGAAUCAGAACUACUUGCACAACUAAGAAGACACGAAGAAACCACAGAUAAGCAGAGAAGGGGGGGAACUAUUAACAUACGCAAUGUUAUUUCGGAAAUGUCAAUUAAAAGGCAGUCACCAGCUAGGAGAGGUGUGAUGAUAUCCAAUCGCAUUUCCUUGGCGAUGGAGGAGGAUGGGCAAAGAUUUAAGCCUGAGAGACUCUCAUCUCCUUCUUUUGACUCCAGAAGAAGUCUUAGAGAAGGAAAGAGGCUUAAUAUAUUCACUAAGGCUUCUCCAGAAACGGAAAGCGCGCUGAAAACAGUAUCUUCACCAACGAUUUGGGAUCUGGAAUUUGCGAAGGAGAUUGCAGCAGUAACUGACCAGCCUCCCCGAAACGGUUUUGAGGAGAUGAUCCAGUGGACAAAAGAAGGAAUACUGUGGGAGUUUCCAAUUGACAAUGAGGCAGACAUCAAACAGAACUACUUGAGAGUGAUUCAGUCACUGAAAGCAAAACAGACCGGUCAUGUGGAAAAUUCCGGCGGAGCGUUCCAAAAUCUAUCACCUCUCAGGUUGAAAUAUCAAGUCAGUGAAUUGAAUUCUAUCAAACUGCCAGCUCUGUCGUGUCGCAGGCUGUUAUUCAGACCAGGGAUGGAUGAUGAUGCUGAAUUUCAUGAACAUAUCUUUCUGGAAAAACACCUCAAAGACUUUCCCAAGGAAGGACCUAUUCGCCACUUCAUGGAACUAGUCAUCUGUGGGCUUUCGAAGAACCCAUACCUCAGUGUUAAACAGAAGAUUGAACAUAUUGAGUGGUUUCGGAAGUAUUUUGAGGAAAAGGAGGAACUUCUUCAAGAGAUGUGAGACCUGGGAGAGUGCUUAACCUUGACAUGAAGAAAAUGAAAUGAGUGAAAUACUGUUGGUGCAAAGUAGUCGCGUCACCUGAAAGUUGCGUUUUAAAUAAAAAAGAUCAUACUU